AUGAUUAAGAACUUAACAAUUUUGGUGCUGUUCCUAAGCACUUCGUUCCUGGGUCUAAAGCUAAUGCAGGCUGAAGGCGAGGCUAUGCCCGUUAACCCCUCAGUCAGCUCUUCUGGGAGCGCAGCGCACGUGCAAGGCCCAUCACCUUCCUGUCCUCAUGGUAUGAAAGACUAUUUGCCCAGGAAGUUGGGCUUCACGGGAGCAGAAUUGCUGAAUAGGAUUAAGGAAAGUACCACAAGCAGCUCUUCGCAAAAAAUGCGUAUGUCUCUUGGAAGUUUGACAGCAAAUGCAAACUCUUUGUUCUAUGACAACUUCAUGAAACUCGUGGGACCGCAGUUUUUGGGAUCAUGUGAGCAGCGGGUGUGCGCUCCUGAGAGGUCCACAGUGAGCAGGCUGACCAAGGACGUGAAUGUCUUGAAGCACGUUCACUCUCACAACGACUACUGGCGGUCACUUCCGCUCUUUGAAGCGCUCAGCUAUGGUGUUUCUAGUGUAGAAGCGGAUGUCUGGCUUGUGCAAAACAACACUGAGUUGGCUGUGGGCCACAAUGAGGGGUUUUUGGAAGCAGAGGUAAGAAAUCUUGAGACACUUUACACUGGCCCAUUACUUUCCAUGCUAGAUGAAGUAAAUUGUCACGAUUGGGACUCCGACGAAAAGUAUGGAGUUUUCUACAACUCUCCAGAAACUACACUGUACUUGUACAUCGACUUCAAGUCGGAAGACAAUAUCAGGACUUAUGACUUACUUUUGACAAAAUACCUGAAGCCACUGAUUGAUUCGGGUUAUCUUUCUUAUUUUGAUUUGGAAACUAAUUCUGUGAUUUGGAAUCCCAUAACGAUAGUGCUGACAGGCGAUUACCCCCAAAAUACGACUGUAUUGGACCACGGUAACCAAGACGGUUACUUCCACUCUAUGCAAAGGUUUGCCUUUCUCGACGCUCCUUUGCACAAACUGGAUCAAGUGGACGCCACGUUGUCAGUUGUAGCAUCAUGCUCGCUGGAACAAUUGCUAGAAUCCUGUUCUUUUUCAGAUCCAUACGCACAACAGAGCAGUGAGCUUUCUCGCGAACAAUUGGAGUGUAUGUGGCCUACUAUAAAACAAGCACACGAAUUAAAUCUGAAAACGCGUCUUUGGGGCGUGCCUGACUGGCCCCGGUACAAAAGAGAUAACUUGUGGAAGCAGCAAUUAGAAUAUUUGCAAAUGGAUUUUCUCAAUGUCGAUGACCUCGCUGCUAUCUCAAAGUUCUAA